CAAUAUGGAUCACGGUUUGCCCAAGUUUUCUCUUCUAGGUUAUGAUGAUUGGAAGAUCAUGAUGGAAGCACAUCUCUACGCUCUACAUGACUGCAUGUGGAUGGUGCUUGAGGAUGGACCCUUGAAAAUCUAAAUGGAGAAUCCUGAGAGGAAUCCAGCAACUCCAGAUGUAGUCCAGUACAUUCCAAAGCCCAAGGAAAAAUGGGAUGAUAGAGAUUGUGAAAAGCACAAUCUGAACAACGUCGCCAAAGCAGCCAUCUUCAAGACACUUGAUCCCAUCACCUUCUCCAAAAUCAAGCAUCUCAAGACUGCCAUGGAGAUAUGGCAAGGUCUUGGGAAGCUAUGUGAGAGAUCAGAGGACCUGAGAAAGCAGAAGAUAGAAGUCCUGCUUGGAUUAAAGAUUCCACAAAAUCUUGAAUGAUCUUGCCUCACUCAACCACGUUCUUUCUCCCAAAGAAAAGAAUGUAAGGUUA